GGCUUGAAUCUUGGGGAUCAACUGCAUGUAAGAAAAGAAAACAACAGUAACUGAUAAAAGUCAACAAAUUGAUAACAUUUGAGCUCAGUCACAAAAGUUCAGGAAAACAAGUGUUGCAAGCUUGUUGCACCCUUUCAUCUAGGAUGAAGACAGAAAUGAUCAGCAAACUGAAAUAUUAAUAAUUAACCAAUGGUUUUAAGUUAAGCCACUGGGUUUUAUUCCCUUAUAUUUGAGUUUGCUCAUUUCUACAACCAGAAUGCAUCAACGGAAGAUGAAGAGUUUACAGAGAAUUAUUUUAUUUGUUGGAUUUUUUACAGUGACUGCCAAUGUUGCUGUCCCAGCAUUGACUAGUGAAGAUGUGGCUUCAGCUGCUGUCACUAAUUACAACAAACGCCACAGACCAGCCAAUGCCUUUAAGCUGUUUCGGAUCCUGAAAGAAAAGGAACAGAAUCUGAAUGAAGCAACUAUCCACUUUAUUCAUCUGCAAAUGAGAGAGACAACAUGCAGCACAGACACAGGAAUAGUGGAACUAGAUGAUUGUCAUUUCAAGGAUAAUGGUGUGAUAAUGAAAUGUAACACACGGGUGGUUGUUUCAAGACGUGCCCCCAGGCGACCUCGCGUACUCGCAAUUAACUGCACAGUUGUUAGCCCUCAGGAAAGGUUCUCUCCAGAUGAAUGGGCAGUGUUGGCAAGGGUAUCUUCCCAGACCUAAUAAAAAAACUUCAAAACAAAUCAACUUGCUGGGCCAAUAUCAGCUCUGGCAUGGAAUGGAGAUGAAAGUUUGUCUGUUGAGCAGCAACCCUGAAGGAAACAGAGGCUCUCAGUUCAAACAUUUUUGAAUGUUUACAUUCCAUUAAAUAGAUUUGUAACAGUAACCAAUUCACAAUAAAGAUGUUAAAUUGAA